AUGGACGAGGCUCCGGGGCUGGGUGCGCGGAUCUUCAAGCUCGCGGACGUCUUCUUCGGUACAUUGGUGGGCCGAGAGCCGCCAAAGUGGCUGUGGCGGGCGAUUUCAGCGCUCACAUUCGCGGGCCUGGUCGUCAAGCGCACCGUGAGCGGCAAGAUCCACUGGCGCAACUUCGGCGAGCAGCUCAAAAUCGUCGGCCCGCGCUCGCUCGGCGUGGCCCUCCUCACCGCCGCCUUCAUCGGCAUGGUCUUCACCAUCCAGUUCGUCCGGGAGUUUGCGAAGCUAGGCCUUACGCGCGCGGUCGGAGGCGUCCUCUCGCUCGCGCUCGCGCGAGAGCUGACCCCUGUGGUGACGUCGAUCAUCCUCGCCGGCCGCGUCGGCUCCGCCUUCGCCGCCGAGCUGGGCACGAUGCAGGUCUCGGAGCAAACGGCCUCGCUGCGCGUGCUCAACACGGACCCCGUCGACUACCUCGUCACGCCGCGCGUCCUCGCGUGCAUGGUCGCGCUGCCCGUCCUGAACACCCUCUGCCUGUGCAUGGGCAUCGCGGGCAGCGUGUUGCUCGCGCAGAUGAUGUACGGCGUCAACGCCAACGUCAUCCUCGACUCCGCGGCCCGCGCGCUCACCGCGUGGGACUUCAUCUCCUCGAACCUCAAGUCGAUCGUGUUCGGCGGGAUCAUCUCGGUGGUGUCGUGCGCGUGGGGGUUCACGACGACGGGCGGCGCGAAGGGCGUCGGCGAGAGCACGACCUCCGCCGUGGUGAUCUCGCUGGUCAUGAUCUUCAUCGCAGACUUCAUCCUCUCCUUCGUGUUCUUCCAGGGACAGGGCGACGCCCUCAAGCAGCUCGUGUAG